ACUGUCAUUUAACAGCCACCAAUCAAAACCUCUGUGCCGAAGUCAAGAAACAGCUAAGCUAACAAAACAUCUUCAUCAUCAAUGUCAAGAAAAGCUCUGCUUAUUAUAUUUUCAAUUCUUCAAACUUCUCUGUUUCAUAUUUCAAUGGCAGCAACAGCAACAACAACAGCAACUUUAGAUCCAUCUGAGGAAGCUCUUCUCCAAUGUCUCUCUACCCAUUCUUUACCCUACCCACCAAUUUCUCAAGUCACCUAUUUCCCUUCAAAUCCAAACUACAAAUCUAUCUUGCAAUCUUACAUAAGAAACCUUAGAUUCAAUUCUUCGUCAACCCCUAAACCUCUCUUCAUUGUAACACCAACCCAUGUUUCACAUAUUCAAGCAUCUAUCAUUUGUUGCAGGUUUCAUGGAUUGGAGAUGAGAAUUAGAAGUGGAGGCCAUGAUUAUGAUGGUCUUUCUUAUAUUUCAAAAACGACAUCAUUUAUGCUUCUUGACAUGUUUAAUAUGAGAUCUGUUAGUGUUAAUAUAGAAGAAGAAAGUGCUUGGGUUGAAUCUGGUGCAACUCUUGGUGAAGUUUAUUAUUGGAUUGCUACUAAGAGUAACAUUCAUGCAUACCCAGCUGGAGUUUGCCCUACUGUUGGUGUUGGUGGCCAUUUAAGUGGAGGUGGGUAUGGUAAUUUAAUGAGGAAAUUUGGAUUAUCUGUUGAUAAGAUUGUUGAUGCUUUAAUUAUUGAUUUUAAUGGUAGGGUUUUGGAUAGGGAAAAAAUGGGGGAAGAUCUUUUUUGGGCAAUUAGAGGUGGUGGUGGUGCAAGUUUUGUUGUUAUUGUUUCUUGGAAAAUUAAAUUAGUUCUUGUUCCUGAAAUUGUUACUAUUUUCAGAAUUGAAAAAACAUUAGAGGAAAAUGGGCUGGAUAUUGUUUAUAAUUGGCAAAAAAUUGCAGAUAAGGUUGAUGAUGAUUUGUUUAUAAGAGUUGUUUUGAACCCAGUCGUUAGAAAGGGUAAAGAAACAGUUAAGGCUAAAUUUAAUGCUCUGUUUCUUGGAAAAGCAGAGAGACUAGUUGGUUUAAUGGAGAAAGAACUUCCUCAAUUGGGUUUAUCAAGAAAUGAUUGUAAAGAAAUGAGUUGGAUUGAAUCUGUUUUGUUUUGGUCUAAUUACCCAAUCGGUACCUCCAUUGAUGUUCUGCUUGAAAGACAUUGUCAAACAGAGAGAUUCUUGAAGAGGAAAUCUGAUUAUGUCCAACAGGCUAUCUCAAAGCAAGAUCUUGCUCAAAUAUUCAAGAAAAUUAUUGAAUUGAAAAAAGUUGUAUUGACUCUAAAUCCAUAUGGUGGCAAAAUGGCAAAAAUUUCAGAAUUUGAAACUCCAUUCCCACACAGAGAAGGGAAUAUGUAUAAAAUCCAAUAUGCAGUUAAUUGGAAAGAAGAAGGUGUAGAAGCAGAGGAGAAAAAUUUGGAACUUAUAAGGAAGCUUUAUGAUUAUAUGACACCAUUUGUGUCAAAAUCACCAAGAUGUUCUUAUUUAAAUUAUAGAGAUGUUGAUCUGGGUACUAAUGAAAUUGGGAAUGAAACUUAUGAAGAAGCUAAAAAAUGGGGGAUUAAGUAUUUUAAAGGCAAUUUUGAGAGGUUAGUGGAAGUGAAGACAACAGUUGAUCCAUUUAAUUUCUUUAGAUAUGAACAGAGCAUUCCAUCUCUUGAAGCAGCUUUGAAGAGUAGAAUGGCGGAGUAGCUAGAGCUGCGCAGCACCCGGUGAAUAUUAGACAAUCUUCUAAAAAAAAUUUACAUUUUUCAAGCCAAUCAUAAAUAAAUUUACUAGACAUCAAUUGCCUACUUCAAUUUCAAAAUUAAGUUUGGUCUUUUUUUUUUUCCUUUUCCUUUUUUUUUUUUUUUUUAAGAAAAUUGGCUUUUAUAUGAAAGAUUCUAUCUAUUAAGUGAAUUGGCAUGCUUGUUGAUUCCUAAUACUCGCACAAUGGAGUUGAUAUUUUUAUAAGAACAUAAAUUAUUAUACUUAGUUUAAA